AUGGCUUCACUAGCAGCAGCUGCGGCGGCUGCAUUCUCUUUCGGGCUGAGAGGCGAAAGCAGAAUUCGAGAAUUCGAAGCACAAAAUUGUGUGAGAAUAAGAAGAAAUAGGCAUGGAAAUUUCAGGGUUUAUGCCGUGCAAGGUUCAAACAGCCGGCAAAAGGCCCCUCCGGGAGUUGAUACAAGAAUUCAUUGGGAGAAUGAGAAUGAGGGUUGGUUAGGGGAAAGUGAUUCGCAGUCGACGACACAGCAGUUCAAAGAUGAAGAGAAUCUUCUGAGAGAAAAAUUCUCGGAUUUACUCAACAGUUCAUCUGAUUCUCAUUACCAGUUCUUAGGAGUAGCUGCAAAUGCAGAUUUGGAAGAAAUAAAAGCUGCUUACCGAAGGCUAUCAAAGGAAUACCAUCCAGACACAACAGAACUUCCUCUGAAUACUGCAUCAGAAAAGUUCAUGAAAUUACGAAAAGUUUACGACGUUCUAAGCAAUGACGAGAAACGUAAGUUCUAUGACUGGUCACUAGCUCAAGAAGCGGCGAGUCGAGAAGCCCAGAAAAUGAGGAUGAAGCUUGAAGAUCCCUACAUGCAAGAUGUAGAGAAUUGGGAAUCUGUACCAGACAUGGUGGAUCGUUUGGGUGGAAGAAAUAUGGAGUUAAGCGAUCAGGCAAAGUCUGCUUUAACUUUUGAUAUUUUAGUUGUUAUUUUUUCAGUUUGUUGCAUUGUAUAUGUCGUUUUUUUCAAAGAACCAUACUGA